AUGGAAAUCAAAAGAAACGAGCCUCGACCGGACGAACUCGAGGAAAAUCCGUUUCUCUGGACGAUCUGUAAAACGGGUGUCCCUCGAAUAUUGGCCACGAGUCUGUUCGCUGUCGGUCGAUACUGUGCGGACCAAUUGCCAAAGAAAAUGGGCCUGGGCAGCCUUCGGAUCCUGGCUGCGUUCCUAGUUAUUGUAAUGCCCCGAUCGCUCACUUACAUUCUCCUGUAUCCGAUUUUCAGAUUAGUGUUUGGCAAUUUGUACCCGGCCUACGCUUCGUACAAGGCAGUGAGAACGAAGAAUGUGAAAGAAUACGUGAAAUGGAUGAUGUAUUGGAUCGUGUUCGCGCUGUUCACGUGCGCGGAAACAUUCACCGACGUCUUCUUCAGCUUUUGGUUCCCGUUUUACUAUGAAAUCAAGACUAUCCUGGUGAUCUGGCUGUUGAGCCCAGCCACCAAAGGCUCGAGCAUUCUCUACAGACGCUUCGUUCACCCGGCUUUGAUCCGGCGCGAGGCUGAGAUCGACGAUGCCUUAGCACGCGCGACGGAGCAAGGUUACUCGGCAGUGUUGCACCUCGGAUCGAAAGGUGUGAAUUAUGCUACCACGGUUCUCAUGCAAACCGCUAUCAAGGGCGGUGGUGGUCUGGUACAGCAUUUAAAGAAGAGCUACAGCCUGAGCGACCUGACCGGCGAGAAAGAGGACGAGAAUAGAAACACGCCGCACAUGCACGACGAGACGGACAUGGAAGUGGAACCUCGUCGAAGAGAGCAUGUGGGAAGAAGAGGGUAUAGUCCUCGUCGGACACAGUCCAGCACCAAUCGAGUGGAAAUGUAUUUUUCCGAAGUGGACGUUGACGUUCUACAGCCAAGGUCUAGGGAGCCAACAGCUAGCUUAACUAAUAUAAGGUCUUCGGACGACAUCUCCAGCGGGUACAGCAGCGGGGAAGCGCUACAAUCCAGCCGUACAUCUCAAGGCGAUUCGUUGGUUCGAACAUCGAGCGUCGGUGCAAGAACACGCGCAAAACCUCGCUCCACCACGAAGAAGACCCCAGAGGACUCGGGAGAGGAUUCCGACAGCAUCGAUCCUUCUUCCUCCAAAAAUGUCUCAUUUCCGACACCUUUGAAUCUCAUCACUCCUGAACAAGCUCUCGAGAUCUUGCUUCUACUCUCGAAAAACAGUAACGUUGCUGAUUAUAUGAAAUUCGAUCGUGGCACCUUUACCGCAGGUAACGAUGAUUUACUUAAAAAUACCAGUCAAUCAGGCCCGCCGGAACUAGAAAAAAAAGAAACGACGGAAACGAUCGAUAAUUCACGGCCAGAGCCUGUGCUAGCCGCGGAGCUUCGAAUAAUUGAAAGUAUAGAGGCGAGGACCCAUCCUGAACCUUUAUCGGCUGCAGAGAGAUCAGUUAACGAUGCACGGACGAAGCGAAUCGAAACACAAGACGCAAAGACCGAAAACACGAUAGAAAAUAUUACGAAUAAUUUUACUUGUGACGAAGCUUCUUCCGAAAAAUUAACCGAACGGUCAACACGGACCGUAACGGAUGAACUCUGUCAGGAUAAGUUCGACGAGCUGAAACAACUGUUAAACGACGCUCGCAAGGCGGUGAAUAACAUCGUCCACACGCAGGAAAAAUUGCAGCGUAGCGUUACACCCGUCACUGAAAGGUUAUCCUCGGAAGACUCGUCGCAAAACGUGGACGUUGAAACAGCGAACGAGAAUGAAAACGUAGGAAAAGAUGGCGAAGACGCGAAAGCAUCGUCAGAAAGAACAAAAGAAAUAGAAAAUACAGCUGACGACAAAGACGCGGUAAACAUGGUUGCGGAAUACGACAGCGCCAGCUACUUGGACGUUUGGACAACUCCGAGUGUGUCGCGUAGUAAUUCCGACAGUCUUGGCCGAGCUGGUAAGUACAACAAGAAACCAGCUCCCAAAGUACCUCUCACGGAGAGCGAAGAGGACUUGAACGAGACCGAUGCUCAGAGCGCGUUGAAAGCCACUUUGGUAAUUAAAACUGGAACCUUAAAGACCUUCUCAAACACCGGCACCGCGAAAGACGUGUUUAUCGCUCACGCUACUGGCGCGAAGUCAAAGGGGAAGAAGUGUAAGAGGCAGCGAACGAAGGAAGGCUUCUCGAAGCUGCUCGCUAUUCCGAAAAAUAUCUUCCACAGCGCGUUUUCGAAAGAACGCAAGGCUUCGAAAACAGACGACUCCAGCUCGGAUAUCAGCACGUCCGAAACCAGAUCGAACAGCAUCGAACCUCAGGAAACGAUUAUCGAACUUGCGCCGAAGCCAUCCAGCUCCGGUCAAGAGAUAAACAUUCAGAAUGACGAUAAAAGCGAGAACGACAUUUCUGACAGUUCUAACAGCUCAGACACUUACGUACUCGCGCCAAGCGACGAUAAGGAAACCGCGGAUAAAACAGAGAAUGAUGAAACAAAGAAAGUUACCGAGGAGAAAGUAGAGAGCGCGAGCGUAGAAUCGCGGAUAAGAGAAGCAUCGCAGUCACCAAAAAUUGGCAAAAGAUUAGAGUCGGAUAUUUUCUAAAUGCUGUCGUUUAAUAUCGUAUAAGAUAUAAUAGUGUACGUUGCGAGAGUUAGACGGGUCUCAUUGACUGGUUUUCGUCGACGAUUUAAGUAAACCCAAUAUCAUCGGCUCCUUCCUAGUCCUUUUCGUCCACUUUGUCGUACUGAGGAAAUCUGGAGAGAAGAAACGGAUUAGUUCGUUGGUUCAGAUCAUAACAAGCUUCGCUACCCUGCCCCGCAGCAAGAAGACAAGUAAGAAGAAGGUGGCAUGAAAUUUAGAAACUGCUGCUGAUCGUAUCAAGGAAUAAGAGCAAGCCUUUUCUUUCGACUUAUUUGAAUUUCUACGUGCAGCGAUAAAACGAUCAGCAGCAGAGACAGCUAUAAACCUAUGAAAAUGCAUAAUGCAUCGCGCGACAUUGUGCCCUAGCACUAACGUUACACGAUUCGUUUGUACAUAGUUUCUCUCAUAAUUUCUAUUUCAGUUUCGCAAGAACGUGAUUCUCAUCGAUUGUAAUCGAGCAUCUAGUUAAAUAGACAUAGGAGAAUUUGUCCUGUUCGUCGGGUUACAUUAAAAAAAAGCAAAGCAACGAUAGAGUAAAAAAAAAAAAGAGAAGAACCAGCCAUUCGUAACCGAUCUGUAACACCGUUGCUCACAGUCAUCCAAGAGGUUCUUAGAUACUUCUGUAUUAUGCUUUUUAUCGCGUAUCCCGAGACCCGUGUGCGUAGCGUCGUUUACACGACCACACACUACGGUUCUAAUCGAAUUUUAUAAUAUAUAGGUACACGCGUAACGAUAACGGAGGAAGGAAAACUUCCGGUGUUUAUCGCACUCGAUCAAUGUUGCUUACGAUCAAGCGUAGACCUUAUUAAUAGAGACACGUGAUUUACCGUCGAUGCCCGAAAAUCGCAUGCGAUUCCAUUUCUAAGCUUUUCUAAGCUGUAGCUCUCGUGUUUCCGUCAAACAUCACUGGAUCAUUGUAAAAAGAAACAAGAAGAUAAAGAAGAGGAAGAAGAAGAAGAAGCACAAUUAAAAGAGUCAGUUGUAUUUGCGAGAGAAAGGGAUGAAUUUUAUGAAAUCUAGUCAACAAACAAAACGUACUCAGGCAACUUUCGAAUAGUGCCACUCAACUUUCUACGUAUAAUUUGUCUAUAUACAUACGUAACUGUAGCUAGCAGAGAUAGGGAGACGUGCGGUGAUCGAUGACCGAUAAACGACCGUAUGAAACUAAACGAUCAUUGCACUUUUUCACGGAAAUUAGAACUCGCGAAGCGUUGCAUAACGUUCGUAACUGUAAUAAGACCGUAGAGAAAUUUGUAAGAUCCCGUUGACGAUCAGCUACUUGUCCUAUGAUUCUGAAAUCUUAAGGUUGCACGUGACAACAGUCCGCUUACGUGUACUUUCGUUCGAACUCGAGUCGUGAAACAGAACAAGGCACGAAAAGACGCGCUACGAUCUGCGCUUCUCUUAAAGUCUGAGUUUUGUUAGAUCUGAAAGAUAGUUGGAAUCGAAUGUUAGCCUCAAAUCGGCUUUAUUUCAACGUUGAACCACUUGUUUCCUAGCGAUGAAAGAGCGCGAGGGAUUGAAAUUAGAAAUCAUUGAAACGUACGCGAAUCCCUGCCCGAGUGAGGUGCAUGGUAUUAUUUUUUGCUUGAGAGUUGGCAACUAUGACGUGAUAACUCUUGUUUUAAUAUAGAAUCGCAUCUGUUUAUAAGUUGUUUACGCGCACGGUAUACCGAGCAGAAAAUUUACGCACAAACGCCGUAACUAUCUCGAAGGAGAAUUGUAACGAGCAAUUGUCGAUCUUAUCGAAUCUGUACUUUAAUUGUCACUGCGAACGCUGAGCGAAAGAUGCCACUCGAGGACGUAAUAUUAUCGUUCAGUUGAGAAUUUGUUGUACGACUAUAUGAUUUUGCUAGAUCGUAGGAAGAGAAUGCGGCUAAUGCGACGAUCGAAGUACACCGCAGAAAUUGUAGAUAUAUUUAGAGGCGAACAAAGCUUCGAGUUAAAGAUUUGGAAGGUUCGUAAAUAUCUCUACUUAGCAGGUCGACAUUUGCAUUCGCUGCAUUUUAUCAGAUAAUGUAACAAAAUUCGACGCUUGUCAAGGGAAAUUCGUUUAAUUGUAACUUACGCGUAUUGUUAAUUCUUAACUAUCUGGAUACCUGGCCGCAACUGUGCGUGUAUGCGAAACUAGAAAGGAACAUGCUCAAUCUUAAGAAUCUUUGCCCGUGCUCGAUAGGAGAAAACUUGGAAAAAAGUGUUACAGUACCUCGAUGUUGUUCGAGCUUUCUUCUUUCCAAUUUUAAUAAGCCUUUUUGGUGCAUCGAUAAUGCACCAUGAAAUUACGUAUAUGGUGCUGCGAACUUUUUAAGUUAUUUUAUAAUUAUAUAUCUUGGCAACGUAUAUAUAAAUAUAUAUGUAUAUAUAAGGAAAACAUGUUCUGAAUGUUAAAAAGGCACCUGAAACGUUGUGAAUUAUGUGGAUAGAUUGGUUAACAGUAUUUCGGUUUAAGUAUAUCUGUAGUCAAUAAAGUCAGAUUAAAGUAUGGUACCUAUGUGAA